AUGGUCGCCAAUUCUAGUGGACGUGACGCUGGCGCGCUAAAGUCACGUAAGCGCGCUGCUGACUCUGAGGGCGAACCGCUAUUGAAACAGGGACAGCCAUUCCCUAAGCAGCCGCGCAUCAGUUCAGAGUUGGACAAGACACGAUGGAGGCUCAAAGACGAUGACAGCCGCCACACGUGGCACUACCUGGAGGACGACGAAGCUGCGAAGGAAUGGCCUCAGAGUUAUGCUGAGAAAUGGUACUUGAAUCAAUCUCUGGAUCUCCCCGAUCUUCCUACCCCCGAUAACCCUUUAGAGGCUGCCGAAAAUGGCCUCGAAUUCUUCGAAAAACUUCAACUACCCAGUGGUCAUUGGGGUUGCGAAUAUGGAGGUCCCAUGUUCCUCCUUCCCAGCGUUGUCAUUACUUGGUACGUCACCAGGACACCGAUUUCUUCUGCGAAAGCGACAGCGAUCUACAAAUACAUAUCGGCAAGGGCACACCCAGAAGAUGGUGGUUGGGGUCUGCAUAUCGAGGGCGAGAGCAGCGUGUUUGGAACCUUGAUGAACUAUGUGGCCCUUCGACUUGUUGGUGUUGAAGCCGACGACCCUGUAUUGGUCAAGGCCAGAGGUACCCUUCACAAGAUGGGGGGAGCAUUAUAUGCGCCGCACUGGGCAAAGUUUUGGAUGGCUGUGUUGGGAGUUAUGGAUUGGGAUGUCGUCAAUCCUGUGCCGCCAGAGAUUUGGCUUCUUCCUGAUUGGGUUCCCUUUGCGCCAUGGAGAUGGUGGAUUCACAUCCGCAUGGUGUUCCUUCCUAUGGGCUGGCUGUACUCUAAGCGAUGGAGCUGCGAGGAGACCGCCGUUACUCGAUCGUUGAAGAAGGAAGUCUUUCUUGAAGACUACAGAAAGAUCGUCUGGACAAACCACCGAAAUGACAUCGGCGCUGUCGAUAACUAUCACCCCAAGUCAUGGUUGCUCAACACAGCCAACUGGCUCAUCGUCAAUGUCUAUAACCCUUACCUGCGACCCAACAUCAUUAAGGAAAAGGCAGAGGCUUGGUCGAGCAAGCAAGUCGAUAUGGAGGAUGCCAACACCGAUUAUGCAUGCUUGGCACCCGUCAAUGCCACUAUGAACACAGUCAUGUGCUACGCUCGUGAUGGUCCGGACAACUAUGGCGUUCAAAGGCAUAUAGAGCGACUUGAAGAAUUCCUCUGGGUCAAGGACGAGGGUAUGCUGGUCAACGGCACGAACGGUGUCCAGUGUUGGGAUACAGCCUUCUUGAUCCAAGCGGUCUUCGAGGCCGGUCUUCACAAGAACGAGAAAUGGCGACCGAUGUUGAUGAAGUCGCUUCAUUACCUGGAGAGACAGCAAAUUCGAGAGAAUUGUGUAGACCAGGAAGUUUGCUACCGUCAACCUCGAAAGGGUGGCUGGCCAUUCAGCAACAAGGACCAGGGUUACGGCGUGAGCGACUGUAUCUCAGAAGCCAUGAAAGCCAUCAUCCUUCUCCAGAAGGUCGGUGGCUUUCCGGAGGUCCUCGAAGAGCGUAGGAUAUUCGAUGCUGUUGACACUCUACUGCUAUAUCAGAAUGACGAUACGAAAGGCAUGUCUUCAUACGAGAAGAGACGAGGAGGUGAAUGGCUGGAAAUGCUCAACGCUGCGGAAGUCUUCGGUCGCAUCAUGAUCGAGUACGACUACCCCGAAUGCACAACAGCCUGCGUGACAGCUAUGUCCUUGUUCAACCAGCACUGGCCCGAUUACCGCGCGGAAGAAGUCAAGACUCUGAUCCGAACCGCAGCUGAGUGGAUCAAAUCCAACCAACGUCCUGACGGUGGAUGGUACGGUAGCUGGGGUAUCUGCUUCACCUACGCUGGCAUGUUCGCGCUCGAGAGCAUGAAGCAUAUCGGCCAGACAUACGCCACAGGCGAAAACUCAAGACGUGGCUGUGACUUCUUGAUUUCCAAGCAAAGGGCCGACGGCGGGUGGUCGGAAAGCUACAAGGCCUGCGAAACCAUGGAAUACGUCGAGCACCCAUCAGGAUCUCUUGUCGUCCAGACAGCAUGGGCUUUGAUCGGCCUCAUGGAGGCUGAUUAUCCCCAUGUGGAGCCCCUGAGGAGAGGCAUCCAACUGAUCAUGGACCGCCAACAACCCAACGGAGAGUGGCUGCAGGAGGCCAUCGAGGGUGUCUUCAACAAGUCAUGCAUGAUCUCAUAUCCCAACUACAAGUUUACCUUUACCAUCAAAGCCCUGGGUAUGUUUGCCAAGAGGUUCCCCGAGGAGAAGCUCGUGCCAAGCUGGGCUGUGGGUGAGAAUGGUGAGAAAGCUUGA